UCUUCUUUUUUUUCUUUUUUGUUGUUGUCGGGGUGAACCGUCGGCCCGGGUAAUGAGAGAGGACGACCGGGGAGUCGCUGCGGCCAUGCGGGCCACUCGGGUUGCGGUGCUCCUGUGCGUGGUGACUUCGGUGUGCGCAGUGGAAGAGACCGUGAUGGAUACCAGGACAGCGACAGCUGAGCUCGGCUGGAUAUCGUUCCCCGCCAACGGAUGGGAGGAGGUGAGCGGCUACGACGAGAACCUCAACACCAUCAGGACGUACCAGGUGUGCAACGUGUUCGAGCCCAGCCAGAACAACUGGCUGCUCACCACGUACAUCGACCGGCGGGCGGCGCAGCGCAUCUACGUGGAGAUCCGCUUCACGGUGCGCGACUGCGCCUCCAUCCCCAGCGUCUUGGGCUCCUGCAAAGAGACGUUCAACCUGUACUACCUGGAGACCGAAAGGACGCUGUCUCAGGGCAACAAAGGGGUGGAGUACUGGGCCAACGCCCCCUUUCUGAAGGUGGACACCAUCGCGGCGGAUGAGAGUUUCUCCCAGGUUGAUUUCGGGGGACGGUUGAUGAAGGUGAACACGGAAAUUCGCAGUUUCGGGCCGUUGUCCAAAGGCAGAGGCUUCCACUUGGCCUUCCAGGAUCUCGGCGCUUGCAUGUCCCUGCUGGCCGUCCGAGUGUUCUACAAGAAAUGCCCCAGUGUGGUGCAAAACUUUGCUUUUUUCCCAGAGACGCUGACCGGAGCAGAGUCCACCUCAUUAGUGAUCGCCAGAGGAAGUUGUAUCCCCAAUGCCGAGGAGGUGGACGUGCCCAUAAAGCUCUACUGUAACGGAGACGGGGAGUGGAUGGUUCCCAUCGGCAGCUGCAGCUGCAAGGCGGGUUACCAACCGGACAGCGGCAACGUGUGCCGAGCCUGCCCUCAGGGCACCUUCAAGUCCUUCCAGGGGGUGGGGCUGUGCCAGCAGUGUCCGCUCAACAGCCGCUCCACCAUCGAGGCCGCCACGGUGUGCGGCUGCCGCGCCGGCUACUACCGCGGCGACAUGGACAAGGCGGGGGACGUGUGCACCAGCGUCCCUUCCGCUCCUCGCAACGUGGUCUCCGUCGUCAACCAGACGUCGGUGCGCCUGGAGUGGAACCCGCCGCGGGACAUCGGGCACCGCGGCGACCUGUCGUACAACGUGGUGUGCCGCCGGUGCCACAGCGGCGAGCGGCGGGCGUGCCAGCCGUGCGACGACGGCGUGGCGUUCGUCUCGGGCAGGCGGAAGUUAACGGAGACGAGGGUGGAGAUCAGCAAACUGAGAGCCCACACGCCGUACACCUUCGAGAUACAGGCGGUCAACGGAGUCUCCAACAAGAGCCCUUAUCCCGCCCAGCAACUGUCAAUCAACAUCACAACCAAUCAGGCCGCUCCCUCAGUAGUUCCCAUAAUGCACCAAGUGAGCUCAACCAGCCGCAGUUUCUCGUUGUCGUGGCCGCUGCCCGAACAGCCCAACGGAAUCAUCCUCGACUACGAGGUCCGGUACUUUGACAAGUCCCUGUCGUCGGUGCAGAACAGUUCGGUGGUCCAGAGCAAAGCGCCCAACGUGGUUCUGGAGGGCCUGAGGCCCGGGACCGGCUACGUGGUCCAGGUGAGGGCCCGCACCGUGGCCGGCUACGGCGCCCACAGCAAAGACAUGCUGUUCCAGACGCUCACCGACGAUGAGUACAAGUCUGAGCUGGGACAGCAGCUCUCCCUGAUUGCCGGCUCUUUAGUGGGUGGAGUGUGUAUCGUCUCAUUGGUUGCCUUUGCCAUCAUCUGUACUAGAAGGAGGCGGUGUAAAGAGAGCGCCUACGGAGACAAGCUGCAGCAGUACAACGCGGGUGGAGAGGUGACACUGAGGCCGGACAUGUUCAGUGGUCCCACCCCCACGGUGACCUUUCCCACCAUGUCUGAAGGUCACCAUUCGCCGGGGGUCAAGAUCUACAUCGACCCGUUCACCUACGAGGACCCCAACGAGGCGGUCCGGGAGUUCGCCAAAGAAAUCGACGCCUCCUGCGUCAAGAUAGAGGAAGUCAUCGGAUCAGGUGAGUUCGGGGAGGUGUACAGAGGUCGCCUGAAGCCCGUCGCGAAGAAAGAAAUUCCCGUGGCCAUCAAGACCCUGAAGGUCGGCUACUCCGAGAGGCAGAGGCGGGACUUCCUGUCCGAGGCGUCCAUCAUGGGCCAGUUCGACCAACCCAACAUCAUCCGCCUGGAGGGCGUCGUCACCAAGAGCCGGCCGACGAUGAUCAUCACCGAGUUCAUGGAGAACGGAGCACUGGACUCCUUUCUCAGGCAAAAUGAUGGGCAGUUUCCAGUGAUUCAGCUGGUUGGUAUGCUGAGGGGCAUCGCGUCUGGAAUGAGGUACCUCGCGGAGAUGAGUUACGUUCACCGGGACCUCGCUGCCCGGAACAUCCUGGUGAACAGCAACUUGGUGUGUAAAGUGUCUGAUUUUGGAUUAUCACGAUAUCUGGAGGAGGACACCUCUGACCCCACCUACACCAGCUCACUGGGGGGUAAGAUCCCGGUGCGCUGGACGGCUCCGGAGGCCAUCGCCUACAGGAAGUUCACGUCGGCGGCGGACGUCUGGAGUUACGGCAUCGUCACCUGGGAGGUGAUGUCCUACGGAGAGAGGCCCUACUGGGACAUGAGCAACCAAGACGUGAUCAAUGCCAUCGAGCAGGACUUCCGGCUGCCGGCCCCGAUGGACUGUCCUCUCGUCCUCCACCAGCUGAUGCUGGACUGCUGGCAGAAGGACCGCAACGCGCGCCCCAAGUUCCCGGACAUCGUCAGCAUGUUGGACAAAAUGAUCCGCAACCCGGCGUCGCUCAAAGCCGGCACCAACAACGUGGCCCCCGCAUGUCCUUCCCAUCAUCCCCUGUUGGACCGCGGAGCUCCAGACCUGAGCCGGCUGAGCUCGGUGGAGGACUGGCUGGCGGCGCUGAAGAUGACCCAGUACCGAGACUCCUUCCUGGGCUCGGGCUUCACUUCUCUGACGCUCGUCACGCAAAUCACAGCCGAAGACCUCCAGAGGAUCGGCGUGUCUCUGGCUGGACACCAGAAGAAGAUCCUGACCAGCGUUCAGUCCAUGAGCCACGGCGGCGGCGACGACGACGACCGCUCUCCCACCGAAUCCGUGUAG